AUGUCGGAUUCCAUUUUUGAACAGCCCUUUGUGUACUGUGGCGUUUGCCAUAGGAGGACAUCUCACGGCGAUCCACUGAGGUUGACUUCUUGCGCUCAUAUUCUUUGCUCUCAACACUCUCCAUUAACAUCAAAGGUGUGCCCCAUAUGUAAUUCGAGCGAUAUUUCUAUAAUUAAACUUAUAGAGUCCAAGCAACUACCUAAUGACAUUAAGAUAUUUUUCGAGCCAUUGCCGCCACUUUUGGAGUCACUGUAUAAUGUCUCUCAAUUCCAGUUCAGGGGGCUUUCAAACCAGUGCCAAUACUAUCAAAAUCACUGCUUAAAAUUGAGAGAAAAAUGCGCAAGGCAACAGCAGUUGUUAUAUCAAGCGAAAAUAGAAUUAGAUUCAAUGGCAGCCCUUAAGAAAAGGAUACAGGAACUAGAAACCGUGGUGAGACAUAACAAUGUUUCUUCCACGUCACUCAGCAUGCUAUCGACAAAAAACAACCACCAAAGUCAUUAUCAACCACCUCCAACUGUUGAUUUGACAGUUGAUGAUAAUAGUUUGGAAGAGUUUGAAGCGAAAUCUUUUAUUAAGAAACUAAAAAGAAGCUCCUCCCUAAGAAAUUCUUCGAAACACAACAAUGGCACCGUUACUCCAUCUGCAAGCGCUCGUGUAAAUAAGAAUCAGUCUCUCUAUAUGGAGACGUUAAAUAGACAGAAUAAGAAUAGCAUUCCUUCUCCUAAUCCGAAUCAAAAUAUCAAUAACAAUUUACCUAACAUUUCCACUAUUGCAGAAUCGACCAAUUUGAACAGAUUUUCGUGCUCCCCUGUACGUGUUGCAAAAGGCUUCAGUAACAAGCUGCCCAAUUUUGACAUUCUCACUAAUAAUGGAUCCGUAUCAUCCAAGAAUAUAUCAAGAUUAUCUACUGCUUCUUUACAAUUGUCUUCACCUCUAUCUUCCUCAUCUAAUAAGCUUAUUUUACUGAACAAUAACCUUGAUGACUUACAUCAUUCUAACACGCCUUCAACGAGUACUUCAACGCAGUUCCCCUCGGCUUUAGAAAAGUUAAAAAUAACCAGGAAAAGGAAUAAUACCAUUAGUGGCCCGAAUAGAAUAACGCACAACUUGAGUUCGCAUAUAAGAAGCGGUGGUCUCGCAUCUUCAUCCUCAUCAAAUUCAUUUCAACAGGGGAAACUCGCGAAAUCAAAUAUAUUGAAGCGAUCCAAUUCAACUCAGCAGCUCACCAACACACUUCUCAAAGAUAAUAAUUCCCAGCCACCUCGGUCAAGUAAUACGGUCUUGGGUGGUAGCAAAAGAAAUAAUAAGUUUAGAAGAAUAAGGUAA